CGUGUGCGAUCACAUUCAACGUGCCGCAUCUCAGACUGGAACAAAUGCAAGGGUGCUCAUUGCAUUGAAUAGACGAUCGCUAAUCGUGGAUUAUAAAUUUUUCCGGUAAUUAAUAAAAAAGGAUAAACAGAUAUGAAUUGACAUCCUGCGUAAACAUUUAUACCAUCGGACGUAUACUUUCGUUCGCUUUUAAUCCACACUCACAUUACUAGGAAUGGAGUGUGGCACGGGAGAUGUAGCCCAUAUAUCAGCAGAGCUUGCUCGGGUGGUUGAGGUGAUGAUGUCACCGAAUAUAUCACAACAGCAACGACUAGAAGUUUACAAUGCUUGUGAAAGAUUUAAAGAGACUUCACCACUUUGCGCUCAAUGUGGUUUAUAUUUGGCACAAAAAUCACCCAACAGAAGUCCAGUUGUUCGUCAUUUUGGUUUACAAUUAAUGGAACAUUGUAUUAAAUAUCGUUGGACACAAAUAUCACAAUCAGAGAAAAUAUUCAUAAAAGAAAAUGCAAUGAAAUUGUUACAAGAAGGUACAGAACCAUUGUUGCAAGAGGAAGCUCAUAUAAAGGAUGCUUUGUCCAGAAUUGUUGUUGAAAUGAUCAAACGGGAGUGGCCACAACAAUGGCCAACAUUGCUAUCAGAGCUUAGUCAAAUUUGCACUAGAGGAGAGAGUCAAACAGAAUUAGUUUUACUAGUGUUCCUUAGAUUAGUAGAAGAUGUAGCACUGUUACAAACUUUGGAAUCUAAUCAGAGAAGAAAGGAUAUUUAUCAAGCAUUAAAUUCAAAUAUGGCGGAGAUCUUUACUUUCUUUAUGAGACUAAUGGAACAACAUUUUUCGGAAUUUCAAAAGAAAAAUUCCAUUGGUCAUACAACGGAAGCUUCUGCACACAGCAAAGUAGUUCAAGUCAUUUUAACUACAAUGGCAAGUUUUGUCGAGUGGGUAUCGAUAAAUCAUAUAAUGGCAGAAGAUGGAAAAUUAUUGCAGAUAUUGUGUUUGCUCUUAGCUAAUCCUAUAUUUCAAUGCUAUGCAGCUGAAUGCCUUUUACAAAUAGUUAAUCGUAAAGGUAAAGCCGAAGAUAGAAAACAACUUAUGAUUUUAUUCUCAGAAGAAGCUUUAAGAUACAUUUAUGGUGCUGCAACUGCGCCUACACCAAUUGCCAAUGUUACUGAUUUUCAUGACAAUCAUUAUUUAUUUUUGAAAAAAUUAACAUUGGUGUUAACUGGAAUGGCAACUCAGUUAUGUUCACUUUGGGGAAAGGAUGAUGCAUGUUGUAUUCGACCAACCCAUUUUAGUCUAUUUCUGGAUACCGUUCUGACAUUCACCAUGUAUUCUAAUUUAACAUUAACACAUUUAGCAAAUGCAAUAUGGGUCAUGUUUUUUAAACAUGAACUAAUCAAAAACGAUGCCUUGCUUUUAACAUACGUUCCUCAAUAUGUGGAAUAUACUGCCCCAAAACUUAUUAAAAUAAUAUAUCCUCAAGGUAGAAAUACCAAUGGAACGUCUCCUUACUGCCUUUCUGAAUAUGACUCGGAAGAAGAAUUCAAUGUAUUUCUUCAUCGAUUUAAAAUUGAUUUGUUAGAAGGAUUUCGAAAUGCUACAAUGAUAGCACCAAUUGUGACUUUUACUUAUGUACAACAAUGGUUAACCGCUAAAAUAACAAAAGGUAUGGCAAAUUUGCAAUACAAAAGUGAUCAAAAUGAUUCCGAAUAUCUCGAAUGGGAAGCUCUUGCUCAAGCUUUGGACUCCGUCGUAUCGCGAAUUUUAUUAAUCAAUGAAAGACCCAGUGUACAAAAUGGAUUACAACUUUUAGAAUUGUGCCUUAGUUAUUCGCCACGAGAUCCUUGGUUACUCUCAGCUUUGUUAUCAUGCAUUAGCGCAUUAUUUGUAUUUUUAUCAAUGUCAACCGGUUCUAUGACUAUGCCAGGAGUUGCCAUUUUACCAAGAGUUUUGGAGAAGAUAUUUGCAGCUGUUGUGUUUGAAGUGCCAGGCGAAACAAAAGUCACCCGAUCUAAAGCAGCUAAAAAUGUUAGACGUCAUGCAGCUAGCCUUAUGGUUAAAAUCAGUUUGAAGUAUCCGUUGCUUCUUCUGCCAGUUUUUGAACAAAUACGUACUAUGGUUCAUGGUCUGAUCAUAGAACCAAGUCCUUUAUCCAGAAUGGAAAGCAUCAUGCUUUAUGAAGCAUUACUUUUGAUUUCAAAUCAUUUUUGUGAUUAUGAAAGACAAAAUAGAUUAGUCGCUGAAGUUAUUGGAGAAAGUAUUUCGAAAUUUGUUCGAUUUGGAUUAGAAUCAUUUAAAGAACCAAUCGAUUUUAUAAGAUUUAUAGGAUUAGACAGGACCCCAGUGGAAAAUUUAAUAGAUGAUCCAUCAGCACAAAAUCGAAUUGAUCUCAUGAUUAGCAUUUGCACUGUGUUAAGUGUAGUUAAAAGGUGUUCCAUUCCUGAGGAUCCAGAUCAUGCGGCAAGAGGUGGUUUUGUUGUUGCACUCAGUGAAAGUGGUAAUCCAGUUUAUAGAAAUCCUGCUGCAACACACGUCAUUCCUAUUUUACCCACUCUAUUUGCUUUACUUAGAACAAUGAAUGGUUUGUUCACACCAGAAGCCAUAUCAGCCUUGUCUGAGGGUUACAAAAAUGCACAUGGACUGGUAGAAUCCGAAAAGGCUAAUCUUUUAGGAUUAAAUGUUGCAAAUGAUAACGUUUCAGAACCAGAUCAAUCUUCAAGUACAGCCUUAAUUCGAAUGCAAUCGUUUCUCAGUACAAUUCAGGAUCAUUGUUAUCACAUGUUAGGAAGCGGUUGUCACACAAUUGGUAGAAAUUUUUAUGAAUUACCUGGUCUUGCGCAAGCACUCAUUAAUUCAGUUUUUUCUAACAUGGACCUGAUUCCAGAUUACCGAUUACGACCAAUAAUUCGGGUAUUUUUGAAACCAUUCAUAUACUCAUGUCCUCCAGCUUUCUAUGAGACUGUACUUAUACCAGUGUUAGCUCAUGUAUCUGCGCACAUGUAUCAUAGAUUGACCGCCAAAUGGCAAUACAUUGCAAGUUUAUACGAAUCUGGAAAUUUAGAUGAAGAAAAUACAGAUACCCAAGAAGUUAUAGAUGAUAUGUUGAAUAGAAACCUAACACGAGAUUUUAUAGAUGUCUUAAAAGUAGCAUUAGUUGGUGGAGCAGCUAGUGAUGCUGCACCUCCAGAUAUUAUGGAUCAAGAUAGUGGUGGUAUGGCAGUAGAUCCACCAGUUUCUCGUGGUAAUAGUAUAGUUGCAGAAGUUGUCAGUGAAUUGGGUGCUUUUGUCUUGAGACAUUUAUCCACGUGCCAUAAUGUAGUUUUAUGCAUUUUAAGAGCUUUAUCUUGGAAUGAUUCUAAUGCCAGUCUUAAAGCUACUAUGUUAACAAGUCCAAUUGUACGAGCACUUGUUGCCGAUGGUAGUUUGACUCCUGGUAUGGCAUCGCAUAUUAUGGUUGCAGUUCUUCAAGGUUUACAACUUCACGGCCAACACGAAGCAAAUCAGGGUUUGCUUAUAACUUUAGGCGCACAAGUUUAUGAAUGUUUAAGACCCAAAUUUCCAAAUAUUAUCGACGUGAUGCAUCAAAUACCUGGAGUCAAUCCUGCCGAUUUGCAACGAUUUGAUGAAAAAAUGACAAUAGUCAGUACAAAGGGUAACAAAGUUGAAAAAGGAAAGAAAGAUCUUUUUAGAAAGAUAACGAAUCAG